UGUGCAGGACAGUGCAGGAUUGUGCGUAAUCGCCAGUCAUCUCGUUCUGCCGCGUUUGUGGAUCCUUUUUUUCAUGAAAAAGUCUCAAUAAGCUCACGGAAAAUGGGAGCUGUGCGAGUAAUCAAUGACGACGGACAUUUUCACAGUGAACUCCGUAAUGCCGGCAGUAAAUUGGUCGUCGUAGAUUUUACCGCGACCUGGUGUGGCCCAUGUCAGAGAAUAGCUCCAGUGUUUGAGCAGCUUUCUGGGAAAUACCCAAAUGCAGUUUUCCUGAAGGUAGAUGUAGACAAAUGUGCAGAAACAGCAGCAAUGCAGGGUGUCAGUGCGAUGCCAACCUUUAUCUUCUAUCGAAAUCGGAGCAAGUUGGGCCUAUGUCAGGGUGCCGAUCCAUCUGGUCUUGAAUUUAAGAUCCAGCAAUUCUAUGGCGGUGGAGGCACUGACGAUACUGGAAUACCUUCUACUGAACAUAUGGACCUAAGCACAUUUAUUGAGAAGGCUCAAUGCGAAUGCCUGAAUGAAUCGGAUGAUCACUCUCUUGCGCAGUGUUUGGAGUCAGAAGAUGGCUAUCUUGAGAGUGACUGCGACGAGCAGCUUAUCAUAUCAAUCAGUUUUAGGCAGGUCGUAAAAGUACAUUCACUGAAAAUUAAAGCACCAUCGGAUAAGGGACCAAAGAAUAUCAAACUCUUCAUCAACCAGCUGAGGACCAUUGACUUUGACAUGGCUGAUUCCAACACCAGUAUCCAAGAUAUCGAGAUAUCACCAAAGGACCUUGAAGAAGGUAAUCCGAUACUCCUUCGUUAUGUGAAAUUCCAAAAUGUGCAGAACCUCCAGAUCUUUGUAAAGGAUAACCAGAGUGACUGUGACACCACAAGAAUCGAUCAAAUAUCCAUCUUAGGUUCACCAAUAUCAACCACCAAUAUGGCAGAAUUUAAAAGAGUCUCCGCAAAGGAAGGGGAGAGUUAUUAAUUCGCCGAGUCGAAAGCACUCGUGGACCACUGUCAAGCUGCAUUUGUUAUACAUUUUUAAGAUGCUCUGAAGAAUUGUUGGCUCAUGAAUCGAUAAUAAACCUGGCCUGACUCAAUAAAAGACACUGUCAAGCUUUUGGAGUUUGUCACCAUUUCGGUUACUUCAGUCUUCGGUAAUGAAUAAAACACUGAAGAGACAAAACCAGAUGAUAGUUCACAGAAAAUUCAUAACCGCCCGUUACAUUUUUUAACAUUAUAUUAAUCUGUCACCUGAUAGAAUGUGAUUUCACGACAAUUGUACGUAAUUUGGUACAAUUUAAAGAUGACACUGGAUCUAGGGCAAUUACAAAAUUUUAAAAGACUUUAGUAACUCGAUGUAAGAUUAACCUCACUGCAGUAAAACUUGGAUGAAAUAUGACUUGAAAUGUAAGAAUACGUUUUCUGUGAACUAAACAUGCAUUAAAAGAUAAUAUAAUUGUUGUAUUGAAAAAGUAUACAUAAAUAAAUUAACUGAAUCACAAUGAAA